UGUAAUUAAAGAAUAAUUUGUUUUUAGGAAUUAGUAUUUUUUAUUUUUUCUGGCGCCAAGUGUCCAAGACUACCUUAAUCCAUCUCCACUACUCCAGUUCUAGAUUCUUCUGCACCCAAGAAAGACCAUCUUAAUUCUCGGCCAGAGUGCAGCAGCCCCUGUAACCAAACAGCCUCUGGAAGCACCACCAGGCACCAACAUCAUCUGAAGGUUCCUCCUUUUUCGGUCCACACCAUCAUUCUCUCUCCUCUCGCCUCUCUCUGGAAAAGAGAGAUGAACCGACCGGAACACCGAAUUAUAGCUCAUAACCGUGAAACCCUAACAACCUGAAAAUAAAUUCCCCAGAUUCUCUUCUUGCCUCCUUCUCCAUCCCAUUCUUUUCUUCUUCACUGUUCUCAUCGUUCAUUGCACUAUAUGCUUCCUAGAAAGAGAGCUGUUGGAGGAGAGGCAGUGGUAGCAGAAGGAGAAGAAGACAACUGCAGCGCCGGAUCUUUGAAGAAGCCUCGGAUCUCGACGGCGACCACCGGUACGACCGAAACCACGGGGAACGUCAACAGCAACAGCAACAGCAACAGUAGCAUCGGUAACAACAACAGCAACCACAGCAGAGGCGACGCUAAACCGCCGAUUAUGGCGCUGGGCGAAGGGAACCCUCCUGAUAUCGAUGAGGAUCUGCAUAGCCGCCAGCUCGCGGUGUACGGCCGUGAGACGAUGCGGCGGCUCUUUGCUUCGAACGUUCUCAUUUCUGGAAUGCAGGGCCUGGGUGCCGAGAUUGCAAAGAACCUUAUUCUUGCUGGUGUAAAAUCUGUGACAUUGCAUGAUGAAGGUUCUGUUGAGUUGUGGGACCUGUCCAGCAAUUUCAUUUUUACUGAGGAUGAUGUGGGGAAGAACAGGGCACUUGCUUCUGUCCAGAAAUUGCAAGAAUUGAACAACUCUGUGGUCAUUUCUACUUUAACAACUGAAUUGACAAAGGAACAACUUUCUGAUUUUCAGGCUGUAGUAUUUACUAACAUCAGCAUAGAGAAAGCAAUUGAAUUUGAUGAUUACUGCCAUAAUCACCAGCCUCCUAUCUCUUUCAUCAAAUCUGAAGUGCGAGGCCUUUUUGGUAGUGUAUUUUGUGACUUUGGCCCUGAGUUUACAGUCUUUGAUGUUGAUGGUGAGGAUCCACAUACGGGCAUAAUUGCAUCUAUUAGCAAUGACAACCCUGCCCUUGUGGCAUGUGUCGAUGACGAGAGGCUUGAGUUUCAGGAUGGGGAUCUGGUUGUGUUCUCUGAAGUCCAGGGAAUGACAGAACUGAAUGAUGGAAAGCCAAGGAAGGUUAAGAAUGCAAGGCCUUACUCAUUCUCUCUUGAUGAGGAUACCACUAAUUAUGGCGCAUAUGAGAAAGGUGGUAUUGUCACACAGGUGAAGCAACCUAAGGUGUUAAACUUUAAGCCCUUGAAAGAGGCACUCAAGGAUCCUGGUGAUUUCCUCCAGAGUGACUUCUCCAAGUUUGAUCGUUCACCACUCCUUCACUUGGCAUUUCAAGCUCUGGAUAAGUUUAUAAUGGAGUUGGGACGCUUCCCUGUUGCUGGAUCUGAGGAGGAUGCUCAGAAGCUCAUAUCUUUUGCCUGUAACAUCAAUGAUAGCUCAACAGUUGGGAAGCUUGAAAAGAUUGAUCAAAAGCUUCUUCAUCACUUUACAUUUGGUGCUAGAGCUGUGCUAAAUCCCAUGGCUGCCAUGUUUGGUGGUGUUGUUGGACAGGAAGUCGUGAAGGCUUGCUCUGGGAAAUUCCAUCCACUUUUUCAGUUUUUCUACUUUGAUUCAGUUGAGUCCCUUCCUACAGAGCCCCUGGAUCCCAGUGACUUGAAGCCCAUAAACAGUCGUUAUGAUGCACAAAUUUCGGUGUUUGGAGCCAAACUCCAAAAAAAACUGGAGGAUGCAAAAGUGUUUAUUGUAGGAUCUGGUGCACUAGGUUGUGAGUUUUUGAAGAAUGUAGCUUUGAUGGGAGUUUGUUGUGGUAACCAGGGGAAGCUAAUAAUUACUGAUGAUGAUGUCAUUGAAAAAAGUAACCUCAGCAGGCAGUUUCUUUUCCGGGACUGGAACAUUGGUCAGGCUAAAUCAACAGUUGCUGCUUCAGCUGCUGCUUCAAUAAACCGUCGUCUCCACAUUGAAGCACUGCAAAACCGUGCAAGCCCUGAGACAGAGAAUGUGUUUGAUGACACAUUCUGGGAGAAUCUGAGUGUUGUCAUCAAUGCACUAGAUAAUGUGAACGCUAGACUUUACAUUGAUCAAAGGUGCUUAUAUUUCCAGAAACCACUUCUGGAAUCUGGAACGCUAGGUGCCAAGUGCAACACUCAGAUGGUUAUUCCUCAUCUGACAGAGAACUAUGGUGCGUCAAGGGACCCACCUGAGAAGCAAGCACCUAUGUGCACUGUGCAUUCAUUCCCACACAAUAUUGACCACUGUUUGACUUGGGCUCGAUCUGAGUUUGAGGGUUUGCUUGAGAAGACACCAGCCGAGGUAAAUGCAUUCCUGGUCAAUCCAAUUGAGUAUGCAUCUGCAAUGAAGAAUGCUGGUGAUGCUCAGGCCAGAGACAACUUGGAACGUGUUAUUGAGUGCCUUGACAAAGAGAGAUGCGAAACAUUCCAGGACUGCAUAACCUGGGCUCGCCUGAAGUUUGAAGACUACUUUGCCAACCGUGUGAAGCAGUUGACAUUCACUUUUCCCGAGGAUGCUGCUACCAGUAAUGGGGCACCAUUCUGGUCUGCCCCAAAGCGGUUCCCCCGGCCAUUGCAGUUCUCAAUUGAUGAUCCUGGUCAACUUCACUUUGUAAUGGCGGCAUCCGUACUGCGAGCGGAGACAUUUGGCAUACCGAUUCCUGACUGGGUUAAGUCCCCCAUGAAGUUUGCUGAUGCUGUUAGUAAGGUGAUAGUCCCUGAUUUCCUUCCCAAGAAAGAUGUUAAGAUCGUGACAGAUGAGAAAGCAACAAGCCUUUCCACUGCAUCAGUUGAUGAUGCAGCAGUCAUCAAUGAGUUGAUCAUGAAGUUAGAAAAAUGCCAGAAGAAGCUGCCUCCAGGUUUCAGAAUGAAUCCUAUUCAGUUUGAGAAGGAUGAUGACUCCAACUAUCAUAUGGACCUAAUUUCUGCACUUGCUAACAUGAGGGCGAGGAACUAUAGCAUUCCUGAAGUUGACAAGCUUAAAGCCAAAUUCAUUGCGGGUAGGAUCAUUCCUGCAAUUGCAACCUCCACUGCUAUGGCAACAGGUCUUGUCUGCUUGGAGCUGUACAAAGUUCUACAUGGAGGGCACAAAAUGGAGGACUACAAGAAUACUUUUGCCAACCUGGCACUCCCUCUUUUCUCCAUGGCUGAGCCUGUACCACCCAAAGUGAUAAAGCAUCAGGACAUGAGCUGGACUGUAUGGGACAGGUGGAUUCUUGGAGACAAUCCAACUUUAAGAGAGCUUCUCCAAUGGCUGAGAGACAAGGGAUUGAAUGCUUACAGCAUCUCUUAUGGAAGUUGCUUGCUUUAUAACAGUAUGUUCCCUAGGCAUAAGGAACGAAUGGACAGGAAGUUGGUGGAUCUGGCUAAGGAAAUAGGGAAGGCAGAACUGCCUACAUAUCGAAGGCAUUUUGAUGUGGUUGUCGCUUGUGAAGAUGAUGAAGACAAUGAUAUUGACAUCCCUCAAAUUUCCAUUUACUUCAGGUAGGCUGUUUGCCCAAAUUAGUCAAGUGAAUUAGCAUGCAAUCUUAGGAUUAAAAACUAUAUGUUAUUGUAGUUUUUGACUUUGGUUCCAUUUUUAUGAGCGAAAGAAAUGGAAUAACUUUUAAGAUUACUUCAUAUUAAUAUAUGAAUUAAAAGCAACAGUGAUUGCACUAUACUGUAAAUCAUUACCCUAAUAUGCUGUUUGUGCCUGAGGCAUAUCUUGCUGCUACA